GCAGGGAUUAGAGCUCCAUCGCACCGUCAUGAAGUCAAGUCGAGUUUUUGUGAACAAAAGAAAGUUUUCUCCGCCGGAGUCUGACGGAGAUCCAGUCUGAGGAGGUCCGGGACAGUCUCCACACACUGAACUAAUGACUCAGUGGAGUCUGUGGAUCUUUACGUGCCCGCAGAGGACGCGACAGACCAACUGUUGCUUUGACGCGUUUCUGGAUCCGGAAGUGUGAUUCAAGCUUUUUCUUUGACAGAUGUGGAGGAACACAGGACGGCGGCCCUGAGUCCGUGAGCAGGACUUUUCUCGUCCUCUGCAGCUGCAGCUCAGCUCUCUGAGAUUUCCUCGUUGUGAAACUGGUCUCUCUCUGUCCGGGUCUCUGGGUCUGCCAUGGCGGCGGACAGGGGCCGGUGGUCGCUGUGGAUUGCGGUCUGCGCUCUGGACGCUGUGCUCCGCUUCCAGCCGGCCGCCGCGCAGUAUGAGAGGGGCAUAUCCGUGCCGGAGCACGGCUUCUGCCAGCCCAUCUCCAUCCCCCUGUGCACUGACAUCGCCUACAACCAGACCAUCAUGCCCAACCUGCUGGGCCACACCAACCAGGAGGACGCCGGGCUGGAGGUCCACCAGUUCUACCCGCUGGUUAAAGUCCAGUGCUCCACGGACCUGAAGUUCUUCCUGUGCUCCAUGUACGCGCCGGUUUGCACGGUUCUGGAGCAGGCCAUACCCCCCUGCAGGUCUCUGUGUGAUCGGGCCCGGCAGGGCUGCGAGGCGCUCAUGAAUAAGUUCGGCUUCCAGUGGCCGGAGAGCCUGCGCUGUGAGAACUUCCCGGUCCACGGUGCAGGGGAGAUCUGCGUGGGUCAGAACACCACCGACAAGGACGGCCCCACGACAGACCCGACCCCCAUCCUCCCCGACCUCGUGACCCUGCCGCCAUACACCAGCCAGCCCUUCUCCUGCCCCCUGCAGCUCCAGGUGCCCCCCUACCUGAACUACCACUUCCUGGGGUCGAAGGACUGCGGCGCCCCCUGUGAGGUCAACAAGCCCAAUGGACUGAUGUACUUCCGGGAGGAGGAGUUAAAGUUUGGCCGGCUCUGGGUCGGGAUCUGGUCCAUCCUGUGCUGUGUGAGUACCCUGUUCACUGUGCUCACCUAUCUGGUGGACAUGAGGCGGUUUCGAUACCCAGAGAGGCCCAUCAUCUUCCUGUCCGGAUGCUACUUCAUGGUGGCGGUGGCGUACGCCACCGGCUUCCUGUUGGAGGACCAGGUGGUGUGCAUCGAUAAGUUUAAGGUGGACGGCUACAGGAUGGUGGCCCAGGGCACCAAAAAAGAAGGCUGCACCAUUCUCUUCAUGAUCCUCUACUUCUUUGGCAUGUCCAGCUCCAUCUGGUGGGUGAUCCUGUCCCUCACCUGGUUCCUGUCAGCCGGGAUGAAGUGGGGCCACGAAGCCAUCGAGGCCAACUCGCAGUACUUCCACCUGGCGGCCUGGGCGGUGCCCGCGGUGAAAACCAUCACCAUCCUGGCUAUGGGGCAGGUGGACGGCGACUUGCUCACUGGCGUCUGCUACGUGGGGAUCCACAGCGUGGACGCCCUCCGCGGCUUCGUGCUGGCGCCGCUGUUCUUCUACCUCUUCAUCGGCACGUCCUUCCUGCUGGCCGGCUUCGUGUCGCUCUUCCGCAUUCGCACCAUCAUGAAGCACGACGGCACCAAGACGGAGAAGCUGGAGAAGCUGAUGGUGCGCAUCGGCGUGUUCAGCGUGCUGUACACGGUGCCGGCCACCAUCGUCAUCGCCUGCCACUUCUACGAGCAGGCGUUCCGGCCGCAGUGGGAGAGGACGUGGCUCAUGCAAACCUGCAAGCGCUUCGCCGUGCCGUGCCCAGCGGGGAGCUCCGCGCCACUGAAGCCGGACUUCACCGUGUUCAUGAUCAAGUACCUGAUGACCAUGAUUGUGGGGAUCACAUCCGGCUUCUGGAUCUGGUCUGGGAAGACGCUGCAGUCGUGGCGCAGGUUUUAUAAGAGACUGAGCAACAGCAACGAGGGAGAGACGACAGUGUAGAGCCGAGAAAGUGGACUCAGUGAGACUCUGAACACUUGAGGACCACUGACUGCUCCUCUAAAGUCCAGCUGCAGUCAGAGUGCUGCAGAAGGUUCCACCUGUGGCUCUUUUCACACCUGCACACGAACUGAAUCUGGAUCAUGAGCCUUUGAGGAGGUCUGUUACGGGGUCUGUUGUCGCCCCGAAGUUUCCUGGAAAGAGUCGAAGCUUAAUCAUUAAUUUAAUGAAUGAAAUGACAAAUAUUCAGGGCGUGAAUGUGGACCAGAGGGACUCUGAAAACAGCUCGUGGAGGCAGUGAAUGGACUGCAACACACCGCUGCAGCUCAUCGGACCUGGACUCUGCAGAACUCCCCUGAGGAUCCUGCUGUUUUUAACUUUCCUUCCAUGAACGCAACAGGAGCUGCGAACAGCUGAUCCAGCAGAGACACUGACUCAGACUCACAAAAACUGUUCGAAAAAAGGAUGAAAUACUUCAAAAGGUCAUAUGUUCAUCUCCAUGGCAACAUUAGAGGUCCUGUUUCCAGCCCCUAAAGCAUCAUGGGAACUGGAGUUCAUGUUUGAACGGUUAAUAUUUUCAGUCACAUCAGCAGUUUCAUUGUUCUGGUCGUUUCCUUUUCUUCCCUCACAGUUAGUGACCUUCAUUUUUUGAUUAUUAUAAUUAAAUGAUGACAGAACGGUGAGAUCAAACGUGACUGAUUUUACUGCGUCUGUGCCGUUUCCUGUUAGUUUUUCCAUCUGUUAGAUCAGGAAUGAGUUCAAACUGCCUCAUUUUAGUCACUGUGUGAAUUUUCUCUCUGAGGGGAACUUUUGUAUUUAUGAGAAUUGACCUUUAAAAAAUGUCCUGUGUUCUUUUUGUACAGUUUUUCAGAAUAAAGGUUUAGGUUUUUAAAAAGCCCUCGGCUGCAGCGGGCCUGUGUUUCCGAGAAGACAAACAUGGACACGCAGAUUUAAUCUGGAGGAGCGGUUUGUUCCAGACGGCUGAUUCCUGCUUUCCUGCUGAUAUUUGAUCCCUUUUUCUUUUGCUCCCAGCUGGAGAAAAUCUUGUUGAAAGCCUCCCUGUGCCUCAGAGGCUGAAACCGGAGCAGUCUGACCCCCUUAUGGGGGAAGAACAACUUUUAAUUCAGCAGUAACAUGAAACACAUUUCUCGAAUCAGCGUGACUUCACUUCCUGAGGAGAUCAUUAUCUCUAACUUUCCUUCAGGAUCACAGUGAUCCAGUGAGAUCCAUGUUGCCGCUGCUAACAGGGGCUGCUAACAGCUAAUUCAGCACUCUGUUAAUGUGAAGGAUCACCAGCUUCAUGAAGUUGAAGCAGGACAGAAGCAUUUAUACUGAUGAUGUGUCGCCCUCUGCUGGCCACAGUGGUCAGUUUCAGUGUGAAAUAAGACAGAUGCACUUCCGAACUGCACAGCUGACAUGAGUUUGAGAAAUAAAUCCAGAGGACUGGACGACUGGUCUGGGUGAAGGUCUGCACUCAUCUGGUUCUUCUUUGAUUCUUCAUGCAGCAAAAAACUGUAAAACCUAAAAACUCUAAUUUCAUCCAGAGACGAUUAAUCCAGACCUGAUUGAAUAUCUGUGAAUAAUCUUCCAAUUGUAAUGUAAUGUAAUAAUAUUCAUUAAGAAACAGCUCGUUCUGCAUUUUACUUUUUCAUACUUUAAUAAAAACACGUAUUUUCAA